AUGGAAAAUAGUGGAACGCAAUCAUCGGAAAGUCAGCCGACGCCGCCAGCUGAGGAGCUACUGAAGAAGAUCCAAGAACUAGAAAUAGGCCAUGCCCACUUGAAAAAAGAGAUGUCUAAGCUCAUAACUUCAUCAACACCAGCUGCUCCAGGUGUUGUCGAUCGUCGACCAAGGCAGAGGUCCCAUUCUGUUUCGCCGCAGCGGGCUCCACGGAGGAGGGGCGCUGGAGGAGAUGGAAGUGGCGCGGCUGUGUGGAAGAGGGGUUUGGCCCCAUUCCAACAAUCAUCGCCGUUGCAGAGGGAGAGUAAUAGCAGGGAGAUGGAUCGUGGGAGUGACGGUGUUGGUCAGGCGGAGGUUAAGUUUACCGAUGGGCAGUACUUGAAUAUAUUGCAGUCAAUGCAGCAAUCAGUGCACAUAUUUGAUCUCAAUUAUCGGAUUAUUUACUGGAAUAGAAGUGCGGAAAAUCUUUAUGGAUAUUCAGCUGCAGAGGCUUUAGGGCAGGAUGUUACUGAGCUACUAAUGGAUACUCGAGAUUUUUCUGUGGGUAGUGACAUAGUGCAUCGAGUGGCAAUGGGGGAAGGUUGGACUGGGCAGUUUCCUGUUAAAACUAAGAGAGGGGAUAGGUUUGUAGCUGAUGUGACCAACUCCCCUUUCUAUCAUGAUGAUGGCACUUUGGUGGGAAUUAUAUGUGUAUCAAGUGAUCCCAGACCUUUUCAGGAAGCAAAAGCAGCAAUGUCUCGGGUAAAAAGCUUGGAAACUGAAUCUAGCUUUAGCAGACCAAGAAACAUUGCUUCAGCCAAACUCGGCCCUGAUCCUCAGCAGCCUCUACAAGUAGCAUUAGCCUCGAAAAUAUCAAAUUUCGCUUCUAAAAUGAGCAACAAGGUUAAGUCAAAAAUAAGUCCCGGAGAGAAUAGCUCAGAUUUUGAUGGUGGAAGUGGAGACUGCCAUCACUCUGAUCAUAUUCACGGUUUCUCAGAUGCAGCUCUCUCUGACCACAGGGAGGAUGCUGCCUCAAGUGGAGCUAGUACACCCCGAGGAGAUAUACAUCCUUCUCCUUUUGGAGUCUUCUCCAGUGCUAGCCAUGAGGAACACUCUCCGGGUGUACCGUCCCGGGAAUCUGGCGAUGAAGGUGAAGGGAAACUUGGAAUUUCUAAGAUCAUUACUUCGAAAGCAGGGGCUUGGAUUGGUAAGAAAGGUUUGGCGUGGCCAUGGAAAGGAAAUGAACAAGAUGACGGAACAGAAGCAAAGACUUCGCGUUUUGUAUGGCCGUGGUUAAACAAUGACCUAGAAAAUGAAUCGGGUCAGCAAAAGAGUCCCAGAGCCACUUUAAAAUCGGAAAAUCCACUUGCUGAAAAUGAUCAGACGGCUAAUAAUGAUGCUCCUGGGUCGUGGUCCUCAUCAAUCAAUGUUAAUAGCACUAGUAGUGCUAGUAGUUAUGGAAGUACAAGCAGUAGUGCUAUUAAUAAAGUUGAUCUGGAUAUCGACUGCUUUGAUUAUGAAAUCCUGUGGGAGGACUUGACAAUUGGAGAACAGAUUGGACAAGGUUCUUGUGGAACAGUAUAUCAUGCUCUGUGGUAUGGAUCAGAUGUUGCUGUCAAGGUAUUUUCCAGACAAGAAUAUUCUGAUGACGUGAUAUUUUCCUUCAGACAGGAGGUGUCACUUAUGAAAAGACUUCGACAUCCAAAUAUUCUGCUCUUCAUGGGUGCAGUUACUUCUCCCCAACGUCUUUGCAUUGUAACAGAAUUCCUUCCACGUGGAAGUCUGUUCCGGUUAUUACAAAGAAAUACAUCGAAAAUAGAUUGGAGACGGCGUAUUAACAUGGCUUUGGAUAUAGCACGAGGUGUGAAUUAUCUUCAUCAUUUCAAUCCCCCUAUUGUUCAUCGUGAUUUGAAGUCUUCAAAUCUUCUUGUUGACAAGAACUGGGCUGUUAAGGUUGGAGACUUUGGUCUCUCACGUCUUAAACAUGAAACGUAUUUGACGACAAAGACGGGGAAAGGAACGCCACAGUGGAUGGCUCCAGAAGUUCUUCGUAAUGAACCCUCGGACGAGAAGUCUGACGUCUACAGCUAUGGAGUGAUACUUUGGGAAAUUGCUACCCAAAAGAUUCCUUGGGAUAACCUCAACUCAAUGCAGGUGAUUGGAGCUGUGGGUUUCAUGAACCAACGCCUCGAUAUACCAAAGGAUGUUGAUCCACAAUGGGCUUCUAUAAUCGAGAGCUGCUGGCAUAGCGAACCACAGCGCCGUCCAACAUUCCAAGAGCUAGUAGAAAGGCUUAAAGAUAUGCAGAGACAGUGUGCCAUUCAAUUCCAUGCUGGUCGUGCCAUUGUUGGUGAUGGCAUCCAAAAAGAACCGUAG